AUGCGCCAGGACAUAAAAUCAGACCCUGUUACAUAUUUCAAUGAAACAAUCAAGAUAUAUGAGAAGUUUAUGGAGACUUUCAGUGACGGUGGAAUGAAGGAAGCAGCUUCAGAAGUAAAAAGGGAGCUGGAGGAGUUGGAAAACACUGAGCUUCACAUUGCCAUCACUGGAGAGAUGGGCUCUGGGAAAUCAACCCUCAUCAAUGCUCUCCGACGCCUGAAGGCAGAAGAUGAUGGUGCUGCCCCUGUAGGAGUAACAGAAACCACACUGAUUCCAAAUGCUUAUUCGCAUCCCGACUAUCCCAAAGUGAAAUUUUGGGACUUGCCAGGAAUUGGAUCCCCAGGUUUUUCACCAGAGAGUUACCUUAAGAAGGUGGAUUUCCCCAGAUAUGAUUUCUUCAUCAUUGUAGGUUCCACAAGGUUCCAAGAUUACCAUGUUAAGCUAGCUCAAGAGAUCCAACGGAUGAAUAAGUUGUUUUAUUUUGUACGCUCCAAAAUGGAUAUAGAUAUGUCCAGCAUGAAAAGGGAUUAUCCUAAAACCUUCAGUGAAGAUCAAGCCAUUCAAACGAUCAGGGAUGACUGCAAUAAGAACUUGCUAAACUUCAAGGACUCCAGUCACCAGAGCUUUCUGAUCUCUUCCAAGCACCUUGCCAAGUAUGACUUCCCCCACCUGAUGGAGACCUUGGAGAAAGAUCUGCCCAGCCUGAAGAGAAUUGCAUUCCUGUUCAGCCUCCCCAACUUUUCCUCUGAGGUCAUAGAAAAGAAGAAAUCUGCGCUGAAGAGUCACAUAUGGAAAAUAUCCCUGGUGUCUGCUGGCAUCAAUGCUAUUCCCCUUCCAGGCCUUCCUCUGGCUUGUGAUGCUGCCCUCUUGCGUGGGUCCAUGGUUGCCUUCUACAAGAUGUUUGAGCUGGAUGAUGGUUCCUUAGCUAGGCUGGCCAGAUUGGCCAGGAAGCCUGUUGAAGAACUGAAGGCCGUGAUUAAGUCUCCUCAGGAGAAAGAAAUCACCCUGGAUCUUGACAAGAAGAAAAUAAUCCAUACUUUACAAUGUUUCCUCCCAGUUUCACCAUUUAGUAGCUUGGCAAGUGCAGGGCUGUCUUUUGCCAUGACUUAUUGUAUGCUAUGGAGCUUCCUGGAUAAUCUGUCUGAGGAUGCUGAAAGAGUGAAGAAAGUCCUAGGACUGGAAGAGUGUGAGGCAGAGCAUCUCAGGGCCAAGCAGAACUGGCACAAGACAUGAUGCAGCCCAAGGGGGAGAAAGUAGAAGUUGCUGCUGCUGCUGCUGUGGCAAACAUUCCCACUUUGGCACCCCUUUUCAUACCCAUUUUGGCUGGUUCUAGAGACCAUGAAGCAGACCCUAUAGCUGAUUUACCUUACCGCAUUAUGACACAAUCAAGCUUUUAAAAAUAGGGAUAAAAAGCAUCUUCCAAUUUUUGUAAAGUCUUUUGGAGACAAACAUGCCAGACAGGUACACCACUGCUCCCCAUUUCCUGUAUGGAACCCAAUACUCUUGUGAAUUGAAUUGGCUGGUUUUAAUCAAUGCACCCUUAGAGAUUCAUUAAACAUGUUGUGUCCACAGUGAAUGCUAUUUUUAAUUGAUACUUUUUAAAUAUGCUCAGAAGUAAACUAGACACAUUUGUCAUAUUGAUGUAACAUUCUAUCAAAACCUCUCCAUGUAACCUUUACCCAGAUAGGCCUUUAAGAAAGAGAUGUGUUUAAGUUUGAUGUAGUUUUAUUAGAUAGUGCUAAAAUUAUUUUGUUAGAUAAUAGGCAAUAAUCAAAAUUACUGUAGAAGUUUAAGUGUAGGUAUUUUGGGCAUAUAGUUUUUUACUUUCAGGAAGUUUUCCAUGACCUGCCCUGAGAUCUCUGGGUGUAGGGUCGUAUAUAAAUUCAAUUUAGAAGAAUAAUAAUAAUGAAGUUGCAGAUUUUGUGGAAUGCAAUCUUGCUUUUCUUCAAUAAUUGAGAAAGCGUAGAAAAAAAACCCUCCUUCAAAGGAGAAUUUGGGAAUACUGUACAUACCCCUUCCUUGGAGCGUGUUAAUCUCUCAUUUGGCUUAUGUAAUAUUUUGCUUCCUGCCCAAUUCUAGCCUUGCUGAUUCAGAAAAUUAUGAUUUAGUUAAGGUUUAGUCAAGGGUUCUCAGCCUUAACAAUAUUUCAGAUUUGUAAUGCUAACAUAUUAUACUGUUUUUAUGUUAUUAACCUCAUUUAUCUUAUUUUCUGUAGUGCUCAGUUAAGUUCUACCAAGUAAAGGAAAUGCAUUUGC